AUGAACCGAGCUUAUCGAGCUCGCGGGUCAAGCUCGAACUUGACAGCUUAUCGAGCUCGAGCUCGAACAGACCUCCGCUCGACUCGUGAGCUUGUCAAGCCGCUUGCGGAUGUGACCUUCAGAUGCCGGAGGGAAAACAAAUCGAAGGUUUGGCAGGAAAACAAAUCGAAGGUCGGGCGUGCUGCUCGGAACUUUGAUGGAGCUCAGGAUGAUGAUAGAGCUCGGGUUGAUGAUGGAGCUUGGGACUAUGACGACACUCGGGACGACGACAGAGCUCGGGUUGAUGAUCGAGCUUGGGACGAUGAUGACACUCGGGACGACGACAGAGCUCGGGUUGAUGAUCGAGCUCAAGAUGAUGACGACACUCGGGACGACGACAGAGCUCAGGUCAACGACGGAGCUCGAGAUGACAACGAUGCUCAAGAUGACAAAAGAGAUCGGGUUAAUGACGGAGCUCAAGAGGACAGUGGAUGCGACAACGGAGUUCGGGACGACGGAGCUCACAUGUUGCUUGGGAUGUAG